UUUCCUUUCCUCUCUAUAAAUUAUAGAAUCCAAAUCCUAGACUUGGCAAUUACUUAGAGACUUGUUCAGUGAAGAAGCAUUAAAAAGUUUUAGUGUCUUUGAAAAAUGGCUGCUCCUCGUCCGUACAGCUCCCUUCUCUUGGUGAUUGCUAUGCUUUUUUUAGUCACAUUUUCUCAUGUGGCUGAGGCUUAUGGACGUCAGAAGCUUCGUCCUUCAGAUUGCAAGCCAAAAUGUACAUAUCGAUGCUCGGCGACAUCACACAAGAAGCCAUGCAUGUUCUUCUGCCAGAAAUGUUGCGCAAAAUGCCUGUGCGUUCCUCCCGGUGUCUACGGCAACAAGCAAAGCUGCUCUUGCUACAACAACUGGAAAACCCAGGAGGGGAAACCCAAAUGCCCUUGAUUUCUGUUUUUAUUUAUAUCAUUAAUAAUUAAUUAUAAUAAUAAUGUAUAAUAUAUAUAAAUAUGAUUGGGUAUCAUUAAUAUUACCCGUCAAUAUUAUAUUAUAAUUAAACCCUUUCUACCAAAUCAGAGAUUUUAUUGAAAUUUUUUGUUAGAUUGCAAUCAUUAUUUAUUUUAUGUUGUACUGUAAGUGAAUUUGAAUUUUAUGCUUGUAGGACAGUAAGAUCAUAUAAGUUCAUUUUGUUUUUAUUUUAUUUAUUA